UGGGGUUUCUAGCUUAUUAAGGUACUCGUCGAGUCUAAAGACGCUCCUGGCCCUUUAAGAGCGGAGGGAGGGGGUUCUGAACCGCUUGGCUGCGGUGUUUUUGUCUCCAUGUCAGUGAGCGCUCCUGGCCCAAGACGUCUGAACGGAUUUAUAAGGAUAGGUGCUGACCGUGAGAAAGAGGGGAGGGAAGAUAAAGAGGAGAGAAGAGAAGCCAGAGUGGGAAGGAGGAGAGACCAACCCUGCAGCACUCUGAGCAGCUGGUGAGGUUUUGUGGGUAAACGUGUGACAUCAUGGCUCAGGUGCUGCACAUGGACCCCAGCUUCCCAGGAGGGAAGCUUACCCCGUCCGCUCCCCCCUCCCUGCAUGGGAAGGAGCAGGAGGCGCCCUACUCUGUGGAGACCCCCUACGGCUACCGUCUGGACCUAGACUUCCUCAAGUAUGUCAACGACAUUGAGAAGGGCAACACCAUCAAGAAGGUGCCCGGUCAGCGCCGGCCCCGCUACGGGUCUCUCCCCCGGGGGUACGGCUACACAGGCUCCUGGUGGACCUCCACAGAGUCCCUGUGCUCCAACACCAGCCAGGACAGUCGCCAAUCAUCCUUCUCCUACUGCGCCCCAGGCUACCACCCACACAGCUCCCACUCCCACUCCCAGAGGCCCAGCUUCAGCACGGCCCGGGUGGAGAAGACCCUGCUGGACGCCCGCAGGAAGUUGGAGGAAGAGAAAGAAGGGGCCCCCAGGAGGUUCUCCAGCACACUGGGUAGCAUGCACAACAGCAUGGCCGGAUCCACCACCUCCCUGAGCAGCGCCCACAGCUACAACCGCACCCAUGGAGGAGGAACGGGCUCCUUCACCCCCAUGAGCUCCGGCAUGUCCACGCCUGUGUCGCCCACCCCGGCCCACCUGCAGCAUGUGAGAGAGCAGAUGGCGGUGGCUCUCAGGAAGAUCCGGGAGCUGGAGGAGCAGGUGAAGACCAUCCCUGUGCUCCAGGUGAAGAUCUCUGUGCUGCAGGAGGAGAAGAGGCAGCUAAGCGUCCAGCUGAAGAGCCAGAAGUUUCUGGGACACACCCUUGGCUUUGGCAGAGUGGGCCGGCCCCGAGGGGAGCUCUACAUCGACAUCCCAGAGGAGGAGGUGAGCUCUGGAGCUGAAGCCACCACCAGGGUUGCAGCAGGGCCUCUGUCCCCCACCACCCCCACCAGUCCUGAGGGCUUCAGGCCGCAGGCAGACUCAGGCUGUGAGAUUGAGGACACAGUGAUCGUGGGUGGAGCGCGGCCGGCUGGGCAGAGGGAAGUGCGUACCAUUGGGGUGGGACCAGAGGAGGCGAGGGGCAGCCAGCAGGUGGAUGUGGGCAUUGGGGUGAAGGAGCAGGACCUGGGGCUGGUGCCGGAGACAGAGGCCCUGAAGAGCCAGGUGGGCCAGCUGGAGGGCCAGCUGAAGAGGACGAUGCAGGAGCUGCAGGCUGCCCAGCAGCAGGUGCAGGCAGCUCAGAGGGAGAGGCAGGCUCUGGCCCCCCAGGCAAACCACUCGGUCAGGGCCACCAGUCUGAGCUGGCAGGAGCAGCAGGGACGCAGCCUGCAAACAGUAGUCAGCUUUACCCAGCAGCCCCAUCACCGGGCACAGAGAACUGUGGGAAUCCAGGUGUACACGCUGGAGCAACCAGCCACUGUGGUGGGGGUGGGCACGUUGCUCCGAGCAGAGGGGUGCAGCUCCCCCUCCCUCCCUCCAGGUGGUACAGUCCUGGAGGGAACCCACAGAGGACAUGCACAGGCCCUGGGCCCAGAGGAUGCAGCUGUUGAGCUGCCCAUCGCCAUCUCCUCCAAACAGGUCCGAGAGGUCCUAAGAAGUGAGCUGUCCACCUCUGUGCCUGUCACUAAUCCUGCCAUCGCCAUUGAUACCAUUGGUAAUCAGAUGGCUUUGCUGCAUCUGAAGGAAGGAGAGACACCCCAGCACACUGCAAUAAACACCGUCCAUUAUCAAGAAGACCCAUCAAAGCCAGCUGCAGCAGCCUCUCCCCAGACCGCCCUGAGGUCCAUUAUGAAACAUAAGGCAGAAGGAGAACCUGGCUCUCCAUCCACCAAGAAGAACCUGCAGUUCACUGGAGUCAAUGGAGGGUAUGAGUCCACCUCCUCAGAUGACAGUAGCAGUGAGAGUUCAGAGGAGAGUGAUGCCAGUGAAUAUCAUGAGACCACAGAGAAACUUCCAGAAGCACCAGAGUCUGCUGCGGGACGGCACCAGCAAGCAGCAGCAGUCCCAGUCACCUCCACAAGGCUAGAGCAUGCCACCCCGCUCCCAGCCACCACCGUCCAACCACCAGCCUGUCAACCUGCCUCUGAGCGGAGCACCAGCCAAUCAGCAACCAUAAGCAUAGGACUGCAGCAUGUAUCCACCUUAUCACCAACCUUGAACACUGCCAUGCAGCAAUGUGCCUCUGACUCUACCCCCACUGAGACUACCUACCCAUCUCCAGCCAAUGACUGUGUCCAUCAGGGGAGUAUUGUCCAAUCAUCGGUCCCAGACCCUAUCCCUCAGGAGUGUACCUCCAUAAAUACUAGCACUGAACCCACUACACCUGAGCAGUGCACCAUCCAAUCAGCACCUACCUGUUCUGCACCCCCCAAGCCACCCAGAUGCCAACCAGAAGCCACUAACCCGGAGGUAAAGCAGGGUGUCACCCAAUCAAAUACCACUGAUGUCACCGUUCAGCUAGAUGCCAUCAAAUCACAAACUACUGACCUCGCCCCUCAGCAUUGGGCUACCCAAUCGUCAGCUACUGAACAAAGCUCCCAGCAGAGGAUAGUCCAAUCAUCAGCCUCGACACCAGCACCUGGAAACGCCCCAAGUGCUGCUGGAGCAGCCAAUCAAGAAACCAGACUGGAGUUCAGUGAGAGCCUGAUGGCAUCUCUCCAUGCCCUGCAGAAAGCCCUGGGUGAACCAAAUGCUUUCAGCCAGCAAGCAGCAAGGACAGCCUACACCACGGUGCUCCAGGAGUGGCUUCGUGUGUCCUGUCACAAGGCAGCUGACACUGCCAUGGUCAGGGCCUAUAUGGAUACCUUCUCCUCCGUCUCCCCACAGCUGCUGAAGUUUGUGGUCAAUAUGGCCGACGGCAACGGCAACACGGCCCUGCACUACACCGUCUCCCACUCCAACUUCCCUGUGGUCAAGCUGCUGCUGGACACUGGCCUGUGCAACGCUGACAAGCAGAACAAGGCCGGGUACACAGCCAUCAUGCUGACAGCUCUGGCUGCCUUCCACUCUGACAGUGACCUUCACACUGUCCUGCAGCUGCUGCGCACAGGGGAUGUGAACGCCAAAGCCAGCCAGGCGGGUCAGACGGCGUUGAUGCUGGCAGUGAGUCACGGGCGAGGGGACAUGGUACGGGCGCUGCUCUCCUGCGGGGCACAGGUCAACAUCCGCGACGACGACGGCUCCACGGCGCUCAUGUGUGCCUGCGAGCACGGCCACGUCGACAUCGUGCGUCAGCUGCUGUCUGUGCCAGGCUGUGAUGUCACCCUCACUGACAACGAUGGCAGUUCAGCCCUGUCCAUAGCCCUGGAGGCCAGUCAGAAUGACAUCGCUGUGCUUCUCUACGCUCACCUCAACUUCGCAAAGCCUCCUUCCCCUGUAUCACCAAAGUCUCCUCUUUUGGGAUCCUCUCCCCCCUCUGGUGAAACAAAGUGACCACACUCACUUGACACGAUCCUAACGCAUCUUUUCUUGAAACAAAAAAGGAAUUCAUCGUGAUGCUAUACUCACAUAUAGUUCUUUACGCACAAGAGUCUGUUUUUUUGUUUUGUUACAGUGUUGGUUGAAAUCAGUCUCGGAUAAUAUUCACACGACAGAAUAAGCCGUUCCCCUUGUAACAGCUCAACACACAAACUCAACUCAGCAAUAGUCCCACUUCCAUUCAUUUUGUGUUUUUUCAUUGCCGCUAGAUAAGCAAGAUUGUAUUACUUUACCGUAGUUCAUUAUUGUAGCUUAUUUUUUGUUCAUAUACAUUUGUUACUUAUUACUGUACAAGCAAUACAUGUCAUUCUAUAUACCAUUGAUAAUCGAUCAGUUGCAAGGACACAGUAGGAAUAUGUUGUCUCAUCACAAUCAUUUAUGAAAUGCCGAAAGUCACCCAUAUCACUGUGAAAUUAUUAAUUCACCCAUAUCAUUCUAAAAUGACAAAAUCACCCAUUUCAUUCUAAAAUACACAUAUCUCUCUGAAGUGUCCUUUAUCGAUUGUAAUCAGUCAGCUGAUUGGUGCUAAAAACAAUUCUGAUACAGGACUCCAGUUUAAUUCAGCACAAUAGAUUGAGAUUUCUACACAACCUUUAUUUACCCUAGAGUAUUUUUGAUAGUGUCUUUUUAUUCAAUUCAAAUGUCACAUAGGUAACGGUAUGGAUCUCCAACACUGUUAAACAGAUGACAACCUUUACACACAGCAUUGUUACUUUAGAUGUCAGACACCUAGCUGUGACGAGGCCUACAGCACCCUUAUCAGGAUACUGUUGUUUUAAAUGAUGGUCUUACUGGCUAACUUCCAACCACAUUUUAGUCGUUGUAACAGUUAACCAUUUUUUUUCUGAAUUUUUAUCCAAAGAUCUCCCCCUCAUAACAAACUCUUUUGUUACACUGUAUGUUGUGGUGAUCUGUCUGAGUGUAAAGAUAAUAAUAUGUGUUGACCAGACAGAUAAUUCCCAACAAAACAUUUGGUAGCAGCAGAAUUAUUGUCGAGGUCAAUAACAGUUGUAAUGUUCAUGAGAAGGCAACUAGAAAUGGUAGCUACUCUAACUCUCCAAUAAAGGUACUACAUUUCUGAAAUGAAAGAUGGUUUAUUUUCUUGAAUAAAAGGUUUUAUGAGUGGUUUUACUGAGGGAAGGAGUGACGUGGGGUGUUUGGGUACUGGCUAGGUUGUGUAAGGUGGUAGGCAAGGUUCAAAUUCCUGUUCAGUGGGCACCCACUUUUGGAUUGGUUGGUAACUAGAAAGUGACAGAAUGGACUAUGGAUCUAAUGAAGAAUUUGCAUUGUAAUAUAGGUAUACCAAAAUGAUAAUAAUAUUUGACAUCAUUCUACAGUAGAAGUGAUGCAGAAAAUUAUAAUUUAAAAAGGAUUGAAGUCCAAAAUACAAAAAUACACUGAGUAUACCAAACAUUUGGGACACCUUCCUAAUGUGGAGUUGCCUCACCCUCUGAAUGGCACACAUACACAGUCCAUGUCUCAAUUGUCUCAAGGCCUAAAAAUCCUUCUUUAACCUGUCUUCCUCCCCUUCAUCUACACUGACUGAAGUGGUUUUACAAGUGACCUCAGUAAGGGAUCAUAGCUUUCAGCAGGAUUCACCUGGUCAGUCUGUCAUCCAAAGAGCAGGUGUUCUUAAUCUUUUGUAUGCUCAUUGGUGUCUCAAUUUGGAUUGAUAUUUUUACGUCCCCCCUUUAAUAUAGGAUUUCCUGAGCCGUUGGAUUUUAUAACGUUUUAUGUUUGUUUUACUUUCUUUUUUUAUACAUUUCUAUUUGUAUUACUUGUUCACAACUAUAGGUUUACCUACUCGCACAUUUGUUUUCGUUUUUUGCCUUCUGUAAAAUGCUCAGUUUGUAUUUUUCCCCAUUUGGUUUUAUGGGUUUUUGGAAGAAAAUAAUAAAUCAGCUUUCAUCGUAAA